AUGUUACAGCGCAGACGACGCGUCGCGACUGCGCUUUUACUCACUCUCUGCAUUCUUGCAUUGUACUCAUGGAGCCGCCUCGAGGCCGUGCAACUGACAUUACAAUGGCCAACAGGAGCAUACGAUCAUGGACACCAUAAUAAACAGGUUGAGGGUGAUGAAGAGCUACGCCAUCUUCUGAUACCAGCCACAGAAGUCUCCAACGAGACCUGCAAGCUACUGGCAUCGAGCAUCAUUCUAGACUACCCUGAACCCAUCAUCCUUGGACUACCGGAGAAGCGCACCUUGGAAGGAGUCUCUGAUGGCAGAGCAAGACAGCUGAAGGAGAGGAUCUUCAAGCUUGUUGUGGUACUGGAGUACCUAGAGUCGCUUCCUCGCUCGGCUGAUCAAGAUCUUGCCCUGGUGCUUGAUGCAUUCGAUGUCUGGUUGCUUCUCCCUCCGCAGCUUGUCGAGCUACGCUAUCACAGAGUUCUACGACAGAGUAAUGCCCGAUUAGCUGCGAGAGGGAUUCUGGGCUUUGACAGCGGAGGUCGCGCUGUUGGCUCGAGUAUCGUAUUUGGCGCCGAUCAAAGUUGCUGGCCAGACGAGACUCGUCCCUAUUGUAGCCAUGUGCCGGAUUCACCCUUGCGAGACCCGAACUCUGAAACACCGACGAAAGAGGGAACUUCCGCGCACGCGAAGUGGGCGAACACAGGCGUGUUCAUGGGGCCGGUCCAGGAUCUGAGAGAAUUGUUGCGCACCAGUCUGAAGCUGAGCGAGAGUGGCUACCAAACAGAUUAUAAGUGGCGGUUUGACGACCAAGGCGCCAUCCAAGAUGUCUGGGCUGAGCAAGAACGAGCACGCACACUGCUUGCUGGCGGAAACGCCACGCUGAAAGUGCCUGACAGUCAGCACGUGUCAGAAUUCUUGCAAUCGAUGGCCGAUUCUGUCGAGCACGGCAUCACGAUCGACCAUGAGGGACAGGUUGCCCAACAAGCAUGGAGCUCCAUGCAUUCCAUUUUCUGGACGACUUACGAUUCCAUCAAAAACAAGCUGAAAGAUCCCCCCGACGAUUUCAAUGAUUUGCCGCAGCCAUUUGGCGGCGACACAGGCCAGACCUGGGGAGGGACCAAGAUAGGUGUGAAUUUGGCAACCAAGCACGCAUUUCCGAUAUUCCAUAUGACAGCGCACAAAGGCCUCCGAUGGCAGCUUUGGCCUAAGAUGUGGUUUCAGAAGCAUGGCAAGACAGUGCUUGGUCAGAAGAGCGCGAAAGUUGCUCUUUGGUCUAGGGACGGGACGAAGAUCGAGCACAAGACGUGGAACGACAUCUGCUUACAGUAUACGCUCUUUCCCGACUGA